AUGGCAAAAUUUAUAAAUGUUAAACCUAGCGAAUAUCAUCCACAGUCACAAACGACAGUAAUAACAUAUUCAUCACCCUCAGAUUCUCAUCAGAUUAGCACAUCUCAUGAUGCCAAACCUAGAAAACCAAUAACAAGCAUUGCACCUCCUGUCUAUGCAAUGGCAACAUACGAUUCGAAUUCAUUCAAAUCACUGAAAGAACAACCAAUUGAUUUAGCUACAUUUAAUCGUUUAAAAUUCGUUUGGUUAGAUCCUUUGCUGGUAGAAACACGUGACAUUUAUGACGAAAUUAGUGGUACGUUUCAGUGGGAGAUAUGUGAAAGUCAAUAUCAAUGUGUUAAUUAUAUUUGUAAUGAGUGUGCUAAUAAACGAGUAUUUUUUAUUACUUGCGGUUCACUUGGAACAAAAGUUGUACCUCUGGUUCAUGAUUUACCACAACUUUAUUGUAUUUAUGUCUAUUGUGCAGAUGUUAUAUAUAAUCAAAUAUGGGAGAACAAAUUUUCCAAAAUACGUGUUGUUUGUAACAACAAUGACAAAUAUUUAUUACCUCAAUUUGCUGUUGAUGUGGCACAGGCCAAUAUUGAUUGGGGAAAUGCACUUUUGAACGCUGGUAAAUGUAACGAAGCUAAAAGAAAAUAUGAACAAGCGUUGAACAAUUUAACUCGAUAUGUUAAUCAUCCUGAUCCAGCUAUGGUGAACCAAGUAAAACAAAACUUAGAUGAAUGCAAACAUAUUGCAUCAUUUAUGAACUAUCUUCAUGUUAGAGAGUAAAAGAAUUCAUAUAAUGUUUCUUUUUUCUCUUAUUCAAUAUGAAAUGUACAAAACAAAGGAACUAUUUUUUUUGUUCAUUUAUUUUAUUCAAAACUAUCGAUCAUUGAUGCAAACAUAAUAUAUUUUUCGUCUGAAAUUUCGAAGGGUGUUGGUGUGAUUAUAGGCAAAGAGGUAAUCAACACUUCCAUCCUUAAAACUUGAUUUCUUGAACAUAAUCUCACAUAGAAAAGACUGAAAACAUCGAUAUAUGUUACUUUUUCACUAGACAACCAUGACUUUAAUUUUAACGUUUUUUCGUCUUUUGUAAAUUUGACAUAAUUAUUGAACAACAUACUAAUAUAUCUAGUUAGGAAAGUCAGAUAUUGAUUUGCAGAGAUAUUAUUUCUUGUUGUAAGCUUGAAGUAUUGGUAAUAUGUGUUAUAAUAUGGACUGAUAAUUCAUUUACACAACAGACAAAUGUCCUGUCCUCUAACAUGAAAUGUAAUACAUAUAGACUUUGAUUGUUAUCUACUUAUAGGUAUGUGUAGUUACUUACUAAAACAAUAAACAGACUCUCUUAUGAAGCUCUCAUGUGUUUUAUGUUUAUUACUUGCACAUUCAUAUUAUUUUAUUAUUAUUAGAUUAUAAUAGAGAUUUUUUUAAUUUAAUUCAUAAGCAAGUACUAUUUGAUCAUGAUUUAUCUAUGAAAAACCCAUGACAAUGUACACGUUGACAUCAACGAUGGAAACAUUUAUGAGUUGAAACAUCUAAAAGAUA